AUGGCUUUCGCAGGCAAGAUUUACGCCGUCACUGGGGGUGCAAGUGGAAUUGGAUUAGCUACGGUCAAGCUAUUGGCUGAGCAAGGAGCUACUGUAUGCUUUUCAGACGUCAACACAACUGCCCUGGCGGCAGCCGAGACCUACUUGAAAGAGAAGGGGGCGAAGUUCUCAGCUACCAAGGUAGAUGUAUCAAAAAGAGCCGAAGUAGAUACGUGGAUUGAGGGCAUUGUCAAGGAAUUUGGACAGCUGGACGGCGCGGCCAAUAUCGCUGGCAUUAUUGGCAAGCAUCACUCUAUUCACUCUAUUGAAGAACUGGAGGACGACGAGUGGGACAAGAUCAUUGCAGUAAACCUUACGGGCUGUAUGUAUUGCAUGAGAGCUGAGCUGAGGAAUGUCAAAGACGGCGGCUCCAUUGUCAAUAUGGCUUCGAUCCAAGGAAUCACGGGUCUGGCCUUUCACGGAGGCUAUGGUGCGAGUAAGCAUGGAGUCGUUGGCUUGACUCGGAUAGCGGCAAAAGAGUACGGCAAGAGGGAAAUCAGGGUUAAUGCUGUGGCUCCCGGGUCAAUCUACACCCCAAUGAUGCAGCAGGCUUGGGAUAUUAACGGACGUCAAGUAGAUGCCCCUUUUGAUGACCCCACUGCAUUCCAGAGGCAAGGAAAGCCAGAAGAGGUUGCAAAGGUUGUUUUAUUCCUGCUGGGCCCAGACAGCACCUUUGUUAGCGGCAGUGUUUAUUCGGUCGACGGUGCUUGGCUCUGA